CUGCAAGGGACAAGGGAAGGGUCCCCCCAAGAGUCCAGGGCUGCUGAGGGCUGCUUGCCCUGCCUGAGACACUUCCUUUAUUGGGGUCGGGACUGAGCAGGUUCAGAGGUAUAGCAGCCACCACAAGCCACCACGCUCUCCAGCUUCCUGAAUGAUGCCAGCUCGAUGCGCCCUAACGACUGUCCUCGUUCUCCUGGUGCUGCUGGGCAGAGCCGGAGCAGGCCCUUUCUCCCCUCGGUCCAAUGUGACCCUCCCGGCCCCACGGCCCCCUCCCCAGCCAGGGGGCCCUUCUUCUCAGCUGUAUGAGCACACUGUGGAAGGAGGGGAGAAGCAGGUGGUAUUCACCCACCGCAUUAACCUUCCCACUUCGGCUGGCUGUGGCUGUCCCCCGGGCACUGAACCCCCGGUGCCUGCUUCUGAGGUGCAGGCCCUGAAGGUCCGGCUGGAGAUCCUGGAGGAGCUGGUGAAGGGACUCAAGGAACACUGCUCAGGAGGGUGCUGUCCCAUGGCUGCGCAGGCUGGCACUGGCCAGACCGACGUGCGCAGCCUCUGCAGCCUCCACGGUGUCUUCGACCUGAGCCGCUGCGCCUGCUCCUGCGAGCCUGGCUGGGGUGGACCCACCUGCUCAGACCCCACCGACGUUAGGACGCCCACCUCGUCCCCGCCCUCAGCCUCCAAGACCUGUCCGGACGACUGCAACGACCAGGGUCGCUGCGUCCGAGGCCGCUGCGUGUGCUUCCCCGGCUACAGCGGCCCCAGUUGUGGCUGGCCCUCUUGCCCCGGAGAUUGCCAGGGGCGCGGGCGCUGCGUGCAGGGUGUGUGUGUGUGUCGCCCUGGCUUCUCGGGCCCCGACUGCAGCCAGCGUUCCUGCCCUCGCAACUGCAACCAGAGAGGACGCUGCGAGGAAGGGCGCUGCGUGUGUGACCCCGGUUACUCUGGUGAGGACUGUGGGGUGCGAAGCUGUCCCCGGGACUGCAACCAGAAGGGUCGAUGCGAGAACGGACGCUGCAUUUGCAACCCCGGCUACUCUGGUGAGGACUGUGGGGUGCGGAACUGCCCUCGGGGCUGCAGCCAGAGGGGCCGCUGUGAGGACGGCCGCUGCGUGUGUGACCCCGGCUACAGCGGUGAAGACUGCGGCGUGCGGAGCUGCCCAUGGGACUGCGGCGAGGGAGGGCGCUGCGUGGACGGUCGCUGCGUGUGCUGGCCCGGGUACUCUGGCAAAGACUGCAGCACGCGGACGUGCCCGCGUGACUGCCAUGCCCGUGGCCGCUGCGAGGACGGGGAAUGCAUCUGUGACGCGGGCUACAGCGGCGACGACUGCGGUGUGCGGAGCUGCCCCGGGGACUGCAACCAAAGGGGCCACUGUGAGGACGGCCGCUGCGUGUGCUGGCCCGGGUAUACAGGGGCGGACUGCAGCGCGCGCGCCUGCCCGAGGGACUGCAGGGGCCGAGGGCGCUGCGAGGAUGGCGUGUGCGUGUGCCACGCGGGCUACAGCGGCGAGGACUGCGGGGUGCGCAGCUGCCCCGGGGACUGUCGCGGCCGGGGAAGCUGCGAGAACGGCCGCUGCGUGUGCUGGCCCGGGUACACAGGCCGGGACUGCGGCACGCGCGCCUGCCCUGGUGACUGUCGCGGGCGCGGGCGCUGCGUGGACGGCCGCUGCGUGUGCAAUGUGGGCUUCACAGGCGAGGACUGCGGGAGCCGUCGGUGCCCUGGGGACUGCCGCGGACAUGGCCACUGUGAGGACGGUGUGUGCGUGUGCGACGUAGGCUACUCGGGUGACGACUGCAGCACACGCAGCUGUCCCGGCGGCUGCAGGGGCCGCGGCCGGUGCCUGGACGGGUUCUGCGUGUGCGAUGAUGGCUACACGGGCGAGGACUGUGGCGUGAGACGGUGCCCGCGCGACUGCAGCCAGCAGGGCGUGUGCCAGGAUGGCUUGUGCGUGUGCCACGCGGGCUACACGGGCGAAGACUGCAGCAUCCGUACCUGCCCGGCCGACUGCCACCGGCGCGGCCGCUGUGAGAAUGGGCGCUGUGUGUGCGACCCAGGCUACACCGGCCCCGCCUGCGCCACUCGCACCUGCCCAGCUGAUUGUCGUGGCCGUGGGCGCUGUGUGCAGGGAGUGUGCCUGUGCUACGCCGGCUAUAGUGGUGAGGACUGUGGGCAAGAGGAGCCUCCUGCCAGCGCCUGCCCCGGGGGCUGUGGCCCACGGGAACUGUGCCGUGCAGGCCAAUGUGUGUGUGUCGAGGGCUUCCGAGGCCCAGACUGUGCCAUCCAGACAUGCCCAGGUGACUGUCGCGGCAGGGGAGAGUGUCUCCAGGGCAGAUGCGUCUGUCAAGAAGGCUAUGCUGGGGACGACUGUGGGGAAGAGGUGCCAGCCAUCCAGAACAUGAGGAUGCAUCUCCUAGAGGAGACGACGGUCCGGACAGAGUGGACCCGGGCUCCUGGUCCUGUGGAUGCCUAUGAAAUCCAGUUUAUCCCCACGACUGAGGGGGCGAGUCCACCAUUCACAGCUCGGGUGCCCAGCUCUGCUUCAGCCUAUGACCAGAGAGGACUGGCCCCUGGUCAGGACUACCAAGUCACCGUCCGUGCUCUCCGAGGGACCAGCUGGGGUCCUCCUGCCUCUAAGACCAUCACUACCAUGAUUGAUGGUCCUCAGGACCUCCGAGUGGUAGCCGUGACUCCGACCACUCUGGAUCUCAGCUGGCUGCGUCCCCAGGCUGAGGUGGACCGAUUUGUGGUGUCCUACGUCAGUGCCGGCAACCAAAGGGUGCGUCUGGAAGUUCCCCCUGAGGCAGACAGGACUCAGCUAACCGACCUGAUGCCAGGCGUGGAGUACGUGGUGACUGUCACCGCAGAACGGGGCCGUGCAGUCAGCUACCCUGCUUCUAUCAGGGCAAACACAGACAGGACUGAGGAGCAGCCUGGGAAACCAUCGGUCCUACCGCGCCUGGGUGAGCUGACGGUGACAGACCUGACUUCUGACUCCCUGCUCCUGCACUGGACUGUCCCCGAGGGGGAGUUCGAGUCCUUUGUGAUCCAGUACAAGGACAAAGAUGGGCCCCAGGUGAUACCUGUGGAGGGACCCCAGCGCUCAGCACCCGUUACAUCCUUGGAACCGGGGCGCAAGUACAGAUUUGUUCUGUAUGGGCUAGUCGGCAAGAAGAGGCAUGGCCCUUUGGUGGCUGAAGCCAAGAUCUUGCCUCAGAGUGACCCCAACCCAGCAUCUCCACCCCGCCUGGGAGAGUUGUGGGUAACAGACCCCACCCCGGAUUCCCUGCACCUCUCUUGGACUGUUCCUGGGGGCCAGUUUGACUCCUUCAUGGUCCAGUACAGAGACAAGGAAGGACGGCCCCUUGUGGUGCCAGUGGAGGGGCCUGAGCGGUCAGCGGUAAUCUCCCCCCUGGAGCCCAAUCACAAGUACAGAUUCACUCUGUUUGGGAUUGCCAAUAAGAAGCGGUAUGGGCCCCUCACUGCGGACGGCACUACCGCCCCAGACAGGAAAGAGGAGUCCUCUGAGCAGCCCCUCCUGGGGGAACUGACGGUGACUGGCGUGACCCCGGACUCCCUGCAUCUGUCCUGGACGGUGGCCCAGGGCCCCUUCGACUCCUUUGUGAUCCAAUACAAGGAUGCCCAGGGGCAGCCCCAGACUGUGCCCGUCACGGGGGAUGAGAAUGAGGUCACUGUCCCUGGCCUGGAGUCCAACAGGAAGUAUAAGAUGAACCUCUACGGGCUUCGUGGCAAGCAGCGUGUGGGGCCCGUGUCUGUGGUGGCCAAAACUGCCCCACCACACAUUGUGGGUCAGCCCCCCAGCCCCCCAGAGCCCAGCACAGAGGCCCCAGAGCCCCUCAAGAAACCGCUUCUAGGAGAGCUGACUGUGACAGACGCCACUCCUGACUCCCUGAGCCUCUCCUGGACAGUCCCCGAAGGACAGUUUGACCACUUCCUGAUCCAGUACAGAAACGGGGAUGGGCAGCCCAAGGUGGUGCGGGUGCCAGGGCACGAGGACCAGGUCACCAUCCCCGGCCUGGAGCCAGACCACAAGUACAAGAUGAGUUACCAGGCUUGCUCAAAAGUGCCUGUGCCGGCUGAGCCGGAUUGCCGGUGCCAGAGCCACCAGAUUGCUGACUCGCGACCAGAAGAGCCCUCUCCGGCCAUCGAGCCCCCGCUUGAGCCCCGUCUGGAGGAGUUGACAGUGACGGGUGUGACCCCCAAUUCUGUGAGCCUCUCAUGGAUGGUCCCUGAUGGACAGUUCGACUCCUUCAUGGUCCAGUACAAGGACAGGGACGGGCAGCCCCAGGAGGUGCCUGUAGCUGCUGACCAGCGCGAGGUCACCAUCCUCGACUUGGAUCCUGCAAGAAAAUACAAGAUGAACUUCUACGGGCUCCAUGGGCGACGACGUGUGGGCCCCCUCUCUGUGUUGGCAAUGACAGACAUCCUCCCACCAGCCCCAGCUCCAGCCACUGAGACCGCCAAGCUGGAAUCACUCUUGGGGGAGCUGGCCGUGACAGAUGUGACCCCAGAGUCUGUGGGCCUCGUGUGGACUGUCCCUGAGGGUGAAUUCGACUCCUUCGUGGUUCAGUACAAGGACAGGGAUGGCCAGCCCCAAGUGGUACCUGUGGCAGCCGACCAACGGGAGGUCACCAUCCCAGGCCUGGAGCCCUCCCGCAAGUACAAGUUCCUGCUCUUUGGGGUCCAAGAUGGGAGACGGCACAGUCAGGUCUCUGUGGAGGCAAAGACAGCCGCCAGCCCAGGGGCCCUUCCACGCCUUGGGGAGCUGUGGGUGACGGACCCCACAACAGAUUCCCUGCGCCUGUCCUGGACAGUCCCCGAGGGCCACUUUGACUCUUUCGUGAUCCAGUUCAAGGACAAGGGUGGGCCUCGGUUGCUACCGGUACCGGGCCAAGAGCGCACAACCACCAUCACAGGCCUGGAUGCAGGCCGCAAAUACAGAUUCCUUCUCUAUGGGCUUCAGGGAAAGAAGCGCUUUGGCCCCCUCUCCACAGAGGGCACCACAGAGCCCAUGAACACCGUGGACCACACUGGAGUAAAGUCCCCCUCAAAACCUCGCCUAGGGGAUGAACUGCAGGUGACUAGUGUGACCCAAGACUCCGUGGACCUCUCCUGGACAGUCUCCGAGGGCCAGUUUGACUCCUUUGUCGUCCAGUAUAAAGACAGGGACGGGCAGUCCCAGAUGGUGCCCGUGGAGGGCAGCCAUCGGGAGGUCAGGGUCUCUGGUCUAGACCCAGGUCGCAGGUACAAGCUGCUUCUCUAUGGCCUCCGAGAAGGCAAGCGUGUGGGUCCCCUUUCUGUCAUCGCUAUGACUGGCCCCAAAGAAACAACAGAAGCUUGGACAGAGGUCCCCACGACUUCAGCUCCCGCAGUUGUACCACGCUUUGGAGAGCUGAGAGUGGAGGAGGCCACGCCUCACAGCCUGCAUCUCUCCUGGGUGGUGAUGGAAGGAGAAUUUAACUCCUUCGAGGUUCAGUACACUGACAGAGAUGGGCAACUCAAAGUGGUCAAUACAGAAGGUGACCAGAGUGAUAUCACCCUUACUGGUCUGGAAUCUGACCACAGAUACCUGGUGACCCUGUAUGGUUUCCACGACGGGCAGCGUGUGGGCCCUGCUCAAAUUGAGGCCCUGACAGUGCCGUGGGAGGAGGAGCCCACAGAACCACCUACCAUGACUCCCGAGCCUAAGCCACACCUGGGCGAGCUGUCUGUGACAGGUGCCACCUCUGACUCCCUGAGCCUCUCCUGGACAGUCCCCGAAGGACAGUUUGACCAAUUCGUGAUCCAGUAUAAGAACGGGGAUGGGCAGCCCAAGGUGGUGCGGGUGCCAGGGCACGAGGACCAGGUCACCAUCCCCGGCCUGGAGCCAGACCACAAAUACAAGAUGAACCUGUAUGGACUCCAUGAUGGCCAGCGUGUGGGCCCCGUGUCCACCGUGGGCGUGACGGCAAGUGUGCAGGAACCUCCAUCACUCCUGGUGCCCACCACAACUCCUGAGCCUCCUCCUAAGAAGCCACGUCUAGGAGAGCUGUCCGUGACAGAUGCCACUUCUGACUCCCUGAGCCUCUCCUGGACAGUCCCCGAAGGACAGUUUGACCACUUCCUGAUCCAGUACAGGAACGGGGAUGGGCAGCCCAAGGUGGUGCGGGUGCCAGGGCACGAGGACCAGGUCACCAUCCCCGGCCUGGAGCCAGACCACAAGUACAAGAUCAGCCUGGUGGCAGUCUGGUCCCCUCAGCGGGUUCUGCCUGUACCCCUUAGCUUCCUCUGCUCUGUUGCAGCACCCCUGCCCACAGAGCCCCCCCUAGAGCCCCGUCUGGGGGACCUGGCUGUGGCAGAUGUGACUUCCAGUACUGUGCGCCUGUCUUGGACCGUGGCCCAGGGCCCCUUCGACUCCUUUCUCGUCCAGUACAAGGAUGCCCAGGGGCAGCCCCAGACGGUACCCGUGAGCAGAGACCUGAGUGAGGUCACCAUCUCAGGUUUGGACCCAGCCCGCAAGUACAAGUUUCUCCUCUUUGGACUCCAGGGUGGAAAGCGCCAUGGCCCUGUUUCCGUAGAUGCAAAAACUGACACAAAGCUCCUUCCUCGUCUUGGGGAGCUGACGAUGGCAGACGUGACCCAGAACUCCGUGGGUCUCUCCUGGACUGUCCCCGAGGGCGAGUUCGACUCCUUCCUAGUCCAGUACAAGGACAGAGGAGGGCAGCUCCAGGUGGUGCCGGUGGCAGCAGACCAGCGUGAGGUCACCAUCCCUGGCCUGGAGCCCAAUAGGAAAUACAAGUUUCUGCUCUAUGGCCUAGCAGGCCGCAAACGACUAGGCCCCGCCUCUGUGGAGGGCACCACAGGCCCCCUGGAGAAGACGCCGCAGCCCCGCCUCGGCGAACUCACAGUGACAGGAGAGACCACUGACUCUCUGCACCUCUCGUGGACGGUGGCCCAGGGCCCUUUUGACUCCUUCCUGGUCCAGUACAGAGACAGGGAUGGGCAGCCCCAGACAGUGGUCGUGGCUGCAGACCAGAACGAGGUCGCCAUAGAGGGUCUGCAGCCACGCCGGAAGUACAAGUUUCUGCUCUAUGGGCUGGCUGGAGGAAAGCGCCUGGGGCCCGUCUCUGCCCUCGGAGUGACAGCCUCAGAAGAGGACAUGUCAACCCCAAGCCCCACUGAAGCCCCUGAAGCCCCCCGCCUGGGAAUGCUGAGAGUGACGGAGGCAACCCCAGAUUCCCUGCGCCUCUCCUGGGGUGUGGCCCGUGGCCCCUUUGACUCCUUUGUGGUCCAGUACCAGGACACAGAGGGACAGCCCCAAGCCCUUCUUGUUGAUGGACACCAGGACAAGGUCCUCAUCUCAGGCCUGGAGCCCAGCACCUCCUACAGGUUCUUCCUCUAUGGCCUCCGUGAAGAGAUGCGCCAUGGGCCUGUCUCUGCAGAGGGUACCACAGGUCCAGUUCCUGCUGGUCAGACCCCAGGGGACCCGGGGCCCCGCCUGUCCCAGCUGUCAAUGACGGACAUGACCACUAGUUCUCUGCGGCUGAACUGGGAGGCCCCGCUUGGUUCCUUUGACACCUUCCUAAUACGCUUUGGGGUCCCCUCACCAAGCACCCUGGAGCCGCAUCUCCGUCCUCUGCUGCAGCGAGAGCUGAUGGUGCCGGGUACGCAGCGCUCAGCUGUGCUUCGGGACCUGCAUCCUGGGACCCUGUACAGCCUCACUCUGUAUGGGCUGCGUGGGCCGCACAAGGCAGACAGCAUUCAGGGCACUGCCCGCACCCUCAGCCCAGUUCUGGAGAGCCCCCGUGACCUACAAUUCAGUGAAAUUGGGGAAACAUCAGCCAGAGUCAACUGGGUGCCGCCACCAUCCAGGGUGGACAGCUUCAAAAUUUCCUACCAGCUCGCAGAUGGAGGAGAGCCACAAAGUGUAGUAGUGGACGGCCGGACCCAGACCCAGGUCCUCCAGGGCUUGAGCUCAGACACUCGCUACGAGGUGACUGUGGUCUCCGUCCGUGGCUUCGAGGAGAGUGAGCCUCUCACAGGCUUCCUCACGACAGUUCCCGAUGGCCCCACCCAGCUGCGUGCACUGAACUUGACUAAUGGAUCCGCGCUUCUGCACUGGAAACCCCCCCACAAACCCGUGGAUGAGUACAACGUCCAGGUCGCAUCCCCCGGGGCCCCACCCCUGCAGGCCUCAGCACCCGGCAGCGCCGUGGAUUACCCGCUGACAGACCUGGCGGUUGACACCAACUACACGGCCACCGUGCGUGGUCUCCGAGGCCCAAACUUCACCUCGCCAGCCAGCAUUACCUUCACCACAGGGCUGAAGCCCCCCCAGGACUUGGAGGCCAAGGAAGUGACCCCUCGCACGGCCCUGCUCACUUGGACUGAGCCCGAAGUCUCACCCACAGGCUACCUGCUCAGCUUUGACACCCCUGGAGGACAGAUUCAGGAAAUCCUGCUUCCAGCAGGAACCACCUCCCACCGGCUUCUCCGCCUCUUCCCUUCCACCUUCUACAGAGCCCAGCUGCGGGCUGUUUGGGGCGAGAGCCUCACGCCCCCUGUGUCCACUUCCUUUACUACAGGUGGGCUGCGGGUCCCCUUCCCCAGGGACUGUGGGGAGGAGAUGCAGAACGGGCCCAGCACCUCAAAGACCACCACCAUCUUCCUCAACGGCAACCGCGAGCGGCCUUUGGAUGUGUUCUGUGACAUGGAGACGGAUGGGGGCGGCUGGCUGGUGUUCCAGCGCCGCAUGGACGGACAGACGGACUUCUGGAGAGACUGGGAGGAGUAUGCCCAUGGUUUUGGAAACAUCUCCCGGGAAUUCUGGCUGGGCAAUGAGGUCCUACACAGCCUGACGCAGGCUGGAGACUACUCCAUGCGUGUGGACCUGCGAGCUGGAAAGGAAGCUGUGUUCGCCCAGUAUGACUUCUUCCGCGUGGAUUCGGCAACGGAGAAUUACCGCCUGCACCUAGAGGGUUACCAUGGCACCGCAGGGGACUCUAUGAGCUACCACAGCGGCAGCGUCUUUUCUGCCCGUGAUCGGGACCCCAACAACUUGCUCAUCUCCUGCGCUGUCUCUUAUCGGGGGGCGUGGUGGUACAAGAACUGUCACUAUGCCAACCUCAACGGGCUCUACGGGAGCACAGUGGACCACCAGGGAGUGAGCUGGUACCACUGGAAGGGCUUCGAGUUUUCGGUGCCCUUCACGGAAAUGAAGCUGAGACCUAGAAACUUCCAGGCCCCUGCCAGGGGCAGCUGAGCCUGUUCUCCCACCUCGCUCAUACCCCAGUAUGACUACCGAGCACUGAGGGGCCGUGCCAGAGAAGAGCCAGUAUGCCUCUACUGCCUAGCUCACCAAAGAGGCCUUCUCUACCACGAUCUCACAGCACCAUGUUUACAGGGGGGAGGGGAGGGGCUAGUAACGGAGCAAUAAAGGA